UCUCAGCUCCAACACCAGCAGCUGCACAAACGUCCCAAAAAAAUAACCCUUCGCUUCAACAAUUCACAUCAGCACCAGCACCAGCACAAGCAGGAGCAUCCUCAAAACCGCGAAAGGCGGCCACGUCACACCAGCCUUCUGCUCCCGUUGCCAGCUCUUCUUCAUCCUCUUCACAAGCAGCUCCGGUUAUAGAAUCCAUAGCGGUUCCUGUUGCUGGUGUGAGUGAAGUGGCAAAGACGAAUGCUAAGAAGCCGGGGCCUCAAGCAGCAAGUUUGCAACCUCGACGGAAGCCCAUGACAGACGAAGAGAUUGACCUGAUAAUG